AUAGCAUGGGUUUUUGAAACCACAAAGCCCACCUUUGAUAACACACCUCCUCCAGGAAGGCCACACCUCCUCCUUAUUGCCAAAUACUUCCACUUACUGAGGACUAAACAUUCAAAUAUAUGAGCAUAUUUGGGGGCAGGGUGUGCUUGUUCAAACCACUACACUAUUUGCCCAGAAUGGUGGUAUUUCCCAAGAUAUAGCUUACCCUACAGACCCAGAAAUUUUCUAAUUUUUUUUUUAAUAGACAACUAAGGUCCAUUGUGUCUUUGGCACUUUGGAAAUGCUUGGCUUAUUUAUCUUGGUGUAUUUUUGUUGUUGAUGAUGAUGAUGAUGAUAAUGUUUGUUUGUAAUUAUUUUUACUAGAAGUUCUGUUCCAUGAGGGUUGGGUUUCUGUCCUAGUCAGGGAUGAUUUCUUGUGCUGUCCGUAGUUCUAUACACAGUGUGAGCUUACUGUGGGUGAAUGAGUCAUGAUCUCAAACUUCAGCUGAAGAUGGUAUGUUCUGUCUUUUAUAGUAGAAGUUGGUUUAGCUUACAGCUACUAAGAAAUAUCUUUACCAGUGUUUCUGAUAAUAGUUGAUUUAGAGUAAGAAUGCCUGUGGCACCCCGAUGUGUACCAGAAACCACGGUGCAAUGUUCCUGUGUCACCCACUGUCCCAUUUACUCUUCAGGGAGUCCCUAACAAAGUGCACUCAACAUUCCUGAGGGUAUGUGGCCUACUCUGCCAGAUAGAUGACCGUUCACUGGCCAAGCCUGGGCUUCAGCCUAGCUUGCAUCUAUUUCCAGGGCAGCGUCCUUUUCAUUUCAACACUGCGCAAGAUUCAAAGGAGUUUUCUGUAUUGUAAAGAUCAAGUGCGUCGUAAAGGAAUAGUUUGACCUUAAAUAUAUUUUAUCUAAGGUCACCCAGGAUGCUGGACGUGAAAUAGACAAUGGAGUAGGGGAAAGCAGAACUAAGUCUCGGCUCUGUGUUCUCUGGCAAGUUACUGUGCCUUGUGGAACCUUGGUUUACCACGUGCCAGUGAUUCUACCAGCUGGCAGGGCAUUGGUAAGGUUUGUGGUGAUGUAUAUAAGAUCAUUGGCAUUGGGCAGCAGCUAUGGUGGUUAUGUUAUCUUAUAGAAAAUUGGUAAUUAAUGCCCAAGCUGUAUGAUGAACCUCAAUUUCAUGUGUGGAUCUGAAAUUCCACUCUUCACUGUUCUUUGCUAGGAAGACUUGCUAGAGCUGGACCUCACAAGAAACUGGAAACAUUUUAAUCCCCAUCUGGACUGGAAUGCUUAACACCUGUCUUUCUCUCUCUUUGUCCUUGGGGAAAAAAUUAUCCUUUUUUCUGAGACCUUCAUUUCUCCAUCAGAGAAAUGGGAAUAAUUGUGCUUCUCCUAUUGGAUGAGUGUGAGCCGAAAGCAAAGACGUCAAAGAGUGAAUGGACAGUGUAGAAAUGGUGCUCAUGCUAAGUGCGACUUUUCUCUGCCUGUCAGAUAAAGACCUGUUUCACUACGGACCUUCUAAAUAUUGGCAUUCAGAUAUGUGUCUAAAUUGGUAGGCACCGGGCCCGGUUCUUUUUGGGAAUGGUAAGUGGUUACCAGAUAACCUUUCAAAUCUCCUUUCUUACUUUAUCCAGAGUCCUGCUGUUUAAGAGGCUUGCCUUCCCUCGCACCACGCAGAGCCCAGAAAAUGGUCAAAGUGAUGCUAGGCACACACAGGCAUCUCGUCUCCUCUCCAAGGGAGAGCCCCAGACCCUUCCCGAGUGGCUGAAGUUCUAUGAAAACUUUUAACAAGUUUUUAUCUGAUUCCAUGAGCUCAGAGGGUUUAAAAGGAGGACGGCCUGCUGUUCUGGGGAAACAGGCUUGCCAGGGAGGUAAAUAAAAGGAACAACAGCCUGAUUGUUAGAGAGGAGGAAGGAAACUGAAAGACACAGCAGUGAAGUCUUAAUAAACUCAGUAGCCGGAGCUGCUGGCUCUGUGGGCAGGGAUUGCUGUGUCCCUCGAGCCCCCGAGCCCCCACCUUAUUGCUUUGCUGAAGAUCUACUGGCAGUCAUGACCAUUAUGAUGUCAGGUGAAGAAAACAGGUGUGAGAUUUUAAACGCUAACUCAUUUUUUUCCUAACCUUGGCUUAUUGUUUUAUCUAAUUCCCACAAUUCUCUCUUAGAGUGCUUCACUUUUAGGCGGUUCAUCUCCUGCAGAUCUUACUUUUCACAAUGGCUGAUAAGUCUUAAGGGACAGGCCAACCCAAAGCCAUAUGGGAGAUGAGAGUUGGGGAAAGAGUCUAAACCUGUGGUUUAGACAUUUAUCCUGGGGUGCACACUAUGAUCUCCUUGUGUCCUGGAAGAGGGCAGGGUGUGUGGCUCAGUUUUAAUGGCUUUCCUCCACAGACUGAGUAUCUCCUGUUUGGAGUGAUGCUUUCCAACUAGUGACCCGGGCUCCAAGUGUUUGGAGAGGUGGCUGUUCUUUUGACGAACAUUACAGCAACUGCGGGUAUAGCGUGGCUCUGGGAACCAAUGGGUUUACCUGGGAGCAGAUUAACACAUGGGAGAAGCCAAUGCUGGACCCAGCUGUGCCCACAGGGUCCUUCAUGAUGGUGAACAGCUCUGGAAGGGCUUCAGGCCAGAAAGCCCAUCUUCUUCUGCCAACCUUGAAGGAGAAUGACACUCACUGCAUUGACUUCCAUUACUACUUCUCCAGUCGAGAUCGCUCCAGCCCGGGAGCCUUGAAUGUCUACGUGAAGGUGAAUGGUGGACCCCAAGGGAACCCUGUCUGGAACGUAUCUGGCGUCGUCACUGAGGGCUGGGUGAAGGCAGAGCUUGCCAUCAGCACCUUCUGGCCUCAUUUCUAUCAGGUGAUAUUUGAAUCCGUCUCUUUGAAAGGUCAUCCUGGUUACAUCGCUGUGGACGAAGUUCGGGUCCUUGCUCAUCCAUGCAGAAAAGCACCUCAUUUCCUGCGACUCCAAAACGUUGAGGUGAAUGUGGGGCAGAACGCCACGUUUCAGUGCAUUGCUGGUGGAAAGUGGUCCCAGCAUGACAAACUUUGGCUCCAGCAAUGGAAUGGCAGAGACACAGCCCUCAUGGUCACCCGGGUGGUCAACCACAGACGCUUCUCAGCCACAGUGAGUGUGGCAGACACCUCUCAACGCAGUAUCUCCAAGUAUCGCUGCGUGAUCCGCUCAGAUGGUGGGUCUGGUGUGUCCAACUAUGCAGAGCUGAUUGUGAAAGAGCCUCCCACGCCCAUUGCUCCCCCGGAACUACUGGCCGUGGGUGCCACCUACCUGUGGAUUAAACCAAAUGCCAACUCCAUUAUUGGGGAUGGCCCCAUCAUACUGAAGGAGGUAGAAUACCGCACAACCACAGGAACCUGGGCCGAGACCCACAUCGUGGACUCUCCCAACUACAAGCUCUGGCAUCUGGACCCUGAUGUGGAGUAUGAGAUCCGGGUGCUGCUCACACGACCAGGAGAGGGGGGCACAGGACCACCAGGACCACCCCUAACUACCAGGACCAAGUGUGCCGAUCCCGUGCAUGGCCCGCAGAAUGUGGAGAUUGUGGACAUUCGGGCUCGGCAGCUGACCCUGCAGUGGGAACCCUUUGGCUAUGCAGUGACCCGCUGCCACAGCUACAACCUCACAGUGCAGUACCAGUACGUGUUCAACCAGCAGCAGUAUGAAGCUGAAGAGGUGAUCCAGACAUCUUCCCACUAUACCCUUCGGGGUCUACGGCCCUUCAUGACCAUCAGACUGCGGCUGCUACUGUCCAACCCUGAGGGCCGGAUGGAGAGUGAGGAGUUGGUGGUACAGACAGAAGAGGAUGUUCCAGGAGCUGUUCCUCUCGAGUCCAUCCAAGGGGGUCCCUUUGAGGAGAAGAUCUACAUCCAGUGGAAACCUCCCAAUGAGACCAAUGGGGUCAUCACACUCUAUGAGAUUAACUACAAGGCUGUGGGCUCACUGGAUCCAAGUGCUGACCUCUCCAGCCAGAGGGGAAAGGUGUUCAAACUCCGGAAUGAAACCCACCACCUCUUUGUGGGUCUGUACCCUGGGACUACCUACUCUUUCACCAUCAAGGCCAGCACAGCCAAGGGCUUUGGACCCCCAGUCACUACUCGGAUUGCCACCAAGAUUUCAGCUCCAUCAAUGCCUGAAUAUGACGCAGAUACCCCACUCAAUGAAACAGAUACAACCAUCACGGUGAUGCUCAAACCCGCCCAGUCCAGGGGAGCCCCAGUCAGUGUUUACCAGCUGGUUGUCAAGGAGGAGCGACUCCAGAAGUCUCGGAGAGCAGCUGACAUCAUUGAGUGUUUCUCAGUACCUGUGAGCUACCGGAACGCCUCCAACCUCGAUUCGCUACACUACUUUGCUGCUGAGCUGAAGCCCUCCAACCUGCCUGUCACCCAGCCAUUUACAGUGGGAGACAACAAGACCUACAAUGGCUACUGGAACCCUCCUCUCUCCCCAUUGAAGAGCUACAGCAUCUACUUCCAGGCCCUCAGCAAAGCAAAUGGAGAGACAAAAAUCAACUGUGUGCGUCUGGCUACAAAAGCACCAAUGGGCAGCGCCCAGGUGACCCCGGGGACUCCACUCUGCCUCCUCACCACAGGUGCUUCCACUCAGAAUUCUAACACUGUGGAGCCGGAGAAGCAGGUCGACAACACGGUGAAGAUGGCUGGCGUGAUUGCUGGCCUCCUCAUGUUCAUCAUCAUUCUCCUGGGGGUGAUGCUGACCAUCAAAAGGAGAAGAAAUGCUUAUUCGUACUCCUAUUACUUGUCCCAAAGGAAGCUGGCUAAGAAGCAGAAGGAGACCCAGAGUGGAGCCCAGAGGGAGAUGGGUCCUGUGGCCUCGACUGACAAGCCUACCGCCAAGCUCGGCACCAACCGCAAUGAUGAAGGCUUCUCCUCCAGCUCUCAGGAUGUUAAUGGAUUCACAGAUGGCAGCCGUGGGGAGCUGUCUCAGCCUACCCUCACCAUUCAGACUCAUCCCUACCGGACUUGUGACCCUGUAGAGAUGAGCUAUCCCCGGGACCAGUUCCAGCCUGCCAUCCGGGUGGCGGACCUGCUUCAACACAUCACCCAGAUGAAGAGAGGCCAGGGCUACGGGUUCAAGGAGGAAUACGAGGCCUUACCAGAAGGACAGACAGCUUCGUGGGACACAGCCAAGGAAGAUGAAAACCGCAAUAAGAAUCGAUACGGAAACAUCAUAUCUUAUGACCACUCUCGAGUAAGGCUGUUGGUGCUGGAUGGAGACCCUCACUCAGACUACAUCAAUGCCAACUACAUUGACGGGUACCACCGACCCCGGCACUACAUUGCAACCCAAGGUCCAAUGCAAGAGACGGUGAAGGACUUUUGGAGAAUGAUCUGGCAGGAAAACUCUGCCAGCAUCGUCAUGGUCACAAACCUUGUGGAAGUGGGCAGGCACCCAGCGGAACACACUGUGGGAACUGCCACGCUAGGCCGUGCUGCAUCCCCCGGAAUGGUGAAGUGUGUCCGAUACUGGCCAGAUGACACAGAGGUCUAUGGAGACAUUAAAGUCACCCUAAUAGAAACAGAGCCCCUGGCAGAAUACGUCAUCCGCACCUUCACAGUCCAGAAGAAAGGCUACCAUGAGAUCCGGGAGCUCCGCCUCUUCCACUUCACCAGCUGGCCUGACCACGGUGUUCCCUGCUAUGCCACUGGCCUUCUGGGCUUUGUCCGCCAGGUCAAGUUUCUCAAUCCCCCAGAAGCUGGGCCCAUAGUGGUCCAUUGCAGUGCUGGAGCCGGGAGGACUGGCUGCUUCAUUGCGAUUGACACCAUGCUCGACAUGGCUGAGAAUGAAGGGGUUGUGGACAUCUUCAACUGUGUGCGUGAGCUCCGGGCACAGAGGGUCAACCUGGUGCAGACAGAGGAGCAGUACGUGUUUGUGCACGAUGCCAUCCUGGAAGCAUGCCUCUGCGGCAAUACUGCCAUCCCAGUGUGUGAGUUCCGCUCUCUCUACUACAACAUCAGCAGGCUGGACCCGCAGACCAACUCCAGCCAGAUCAAAGACGAGUUUCAGACACUCAACAUUGUGACACCUCGAGUGCGGCCUGAAGACUGCAGCAUUGGGCUCUUACCCCGGAACCAUGAUAAGAAUCGGAGCAUGGAUGUCCUGCCUCUGGACCGCUGUCUACCCUUCCUCAUCUCAGUAGAUGGAGAGUCCAGCAACUACAUCAAUGCAGCACUGAUGGAUAGCCACAAGCAGCCUGCCGCCUUCGUGGUCACCCAGCAUCCUCUACCCAACACGGUGGCAGACUUCUGGAGGCUGGUGUUUGAUUAUAAUUGUUCAUCUGUGGUGAUGCUGAACGAGAUGGAUACUGCUCAGCUCUGUAUGCAGUACUGGCCUGAGAAGACCUCCGGGUGUUAUGGUCCCAUCCAGGUGGAGUUUGUCUCUGCAGACAUCGAUGAGGACAUCAUCCACAGAAUCUUCCGGAUCUGUAACAUGGCUCGGCCACAGGAUGGUUAUCGUAUUGUCCAGCACCUCCAGUACAUCGGCUGGCCUGCAUACCGGGACACGCCCCCCUCUAAGCGCUCUCUGCUCAAAGUGGUCCGACGGCUGGAGAAAUGGCAGGAGCAAUACGACGGAAGAGAGGGGCGCACUGUGGUCCACUGCCUAAAUGGGGGAGGCCGCAGUGGAACCUUCUGUGCUAUCUGCAGUGUGUGUGAGAUGAUCCAGCAGCAGAACAUUAUUGACGUGUUCCACAUUGUGAAAACCCUCCGCAACAACAAGUCCAACAUGGUGGAGACGCUGGAACAGUAUAAAUUUGUAUAUGAGGUGGCACUGGAAUAUUUAAGCUCCUUUUAGACUGAUUGGAUGGGGAGCCUGCCAGAGUUCAGCGGCGGCUGCAGCUGCCCCUCUAUUUCUGUGACUGACAAUGACUGGUCUCAGGAGCUCCGAGGUGGUACACCUGCUCAGCUCCAGGAAGAAGACUGCUGGUCUCAUGCUCUGCAGCUUCUGUGGGGGUCUGUAGCUGUGGGAGAUGCGGUUCUGAUGGGGACUAGCAUCCCUUCUACACCUGACAGCAUCAGGCCCACAGAAGUCUACCCACAAGCAAGGCCCUGGACUUCCGAUUCCCAGACCUCUUGCUUUUGUUCGUUCUGAGUUUGUUACUCUCAUGGCAAGCUGACUGUGCAGGUGCUGGGGUGUGGGGAGAUGGCCAGUCCUUCCCUUACCAUCCUUAGGAGUAUCAGGGGUGGAAGUUCUUCUCCAUGCUAUCCUGCAAAAGCAUGGAUUGUAGUUUGAGGGAUCACUGUGUUAUUGGUUCCUAUAAUCUCCCACAGGGGCCUCUGGCAUGAGACAGCUGCCAAUCUGGAUCAGUGUGACUCCUGGAUACCCCCUAGGCCAAGCAGAAAGCUUUUUCAUCUUACACCUAACCCAUCCUGGGUUCUACUCACUACAACCAUCUCCAGCCAGGCCUUGACCCUCUGUAAUCUCCCGGCCAACCUGCUGUAUCUGUAUCACACUUCGGCAAAGGUUUCCUUUGCUUUUCCAUAGUCUGUAGGGAGAGGAGGGCUCAUAGGAAAUGUUACAGUAUCUCUUUAAUCUUUGUAGAAAAAGCCACUCUCAUGGGGCAGGGCUCUUGCUGGCCUUUACAGUACAACCCUGCGCUUCUUAGGUGGUGCUUUCUGUGGGAAAGACAAACAAAAAAAGCUUUGAGUGUUUUCCCAAGUACAUGUGAAAAGAAACUCUUGUGAGAGUGUAAAAUUCUGUAUUCUCUUAUGUCAAAAGAAGAAAAGGAUAGGAUGGGAGUUUGGAUGUGUGGCUGUCAGAUAACUCUCUUGGACUUUUAUUUCCUGGUCAUACCCAUAAAAAGACCCACUGUAGGAUGACACAGCCAUUGAACACAUGAAAUGGGACCUCUGGGAUCAGUCCCUGGGUUGUGGGUGUGGAAAUACAGAAGCACCUUUAUAAUUUGUCUCUCCAAAUUUGAACUCUUUCCUUAAAAAAAAAAAUCCAGCUGCCAUUUUGAAAUUGGCUACUGGGGCCCCAGCUUGGUUUAUGAUAGAAUAAGCAGGUUUAGGCUGGGGGCCAAGUCUUGCUCAAAGCAUGAAUUAAGGGAAAGGAGAGAACAUUAGUGAAGUGUUUCCUGCAAGCCAAGUGCCAUGGUUACCACCUUCCAUGUGACAUCUCAUAUAGUCAGUAGCACCCCUAGGAACCCCUAGAGAAUGCUCUCAUCAUAUCCAUUUGGUAAUUGAAGAAACCUGAGCAUCUUCUUCAGUGAUGGAAUUCUGGGUUCCAAAGACAGGUAAUGGCACCGAAACCCCCCCCCCACCAUUUUCCUCAUGCUUUCUCAGCCAAGCAAUUAUUUUUAUGGAACCAAAAUAAGGCUAGAAACUUUGGAGCAGAGAGAGAGAACUCCAGGAGUAGAAAUUUAAUUCUUUCUUUCUGAUAGCAGUUCUUCUUGGUAGCCCACACUUUCAGAUAUAUUUUAUUAACUCAUUCGCAGUUCCCCAGAAAAGCUAGUCUUAUCUAAUUUCAUCAUUGCUAAAAACAAUUCCCGUGCUCCCUCAGGCUACAAGGGAGCCAGCUUGGGAAGCUCUGUAGCCUGGGUUGAGCCACAAUAUCUGACAGCCUUAAUAGCCAGAGGUCUAGGAAGGUCUAUCUUGCAGACUGAUCCAGUCUCGGUGUAUGAGGGACACAGAAUCCAAUAAGGUACACAUCUUGCCCUUCAGGCCCACUGUAUUGUAGAGAAGCUGAGCCACAUUGUAACAGUGGAGCAUACAAGCAUUUGAUGAGCUUUGGUGUGAGAGUGACUUGCUCUGCCUAGAGCUUCCUAGGCAACAUCCAUUCCAGGCAGGGCUCAACAGACAGAAAAGAAGAAAAAGGAAUUCAAGCCAAGGUGGUCAACAUGCACAAUGGUAAAGGCAGGUGAGAAGGUAUCUGGAGGGACAGAUGGUGGGAGGUCAGCCCAGCUAGAAGGUAGCAAGACAGGGAUGGUGGCAGGAAGGUAGCCAGAGCCAGGGAGGAAAUGUAAAGGGCACAGUCACUGCCCUGCAGGCAACAGGAAGUUGGCAGAGUUCAACAGCUAUGCACUCAGUUUAGUUUUGGAGACGGCUCUCUCUGGACCAGCAGGACAGCCUAUUUUCCUUUCAUCAGACACUGUGAAAAUGUUCCCUCAGUGUGUGCUUUUAAUAUGUUGUGUGUGUGUGUGUGUGUGUGUGUGUGUGCUCACUAUUUUGUUGCUGGAACAAAAUAUGGAGUGAAUCAUGAGACUGAGCUCUUACGUAAAACCCAGGGUCUCUGUUCUACCAUGGAGCAGGGUCAACAACCUUGGCCUCUGAGCCUUCAAGGACAGAAUAUGAAAGGAAAUCAGGGAGCCAGCUCCCAUUGGUGUGGGCCCAGGAGCCGUCUAGAAGUCUAAAAACACCAGAGUUGAUCAAGGAAGGCUGUCACUUUGGAGGUUCAAAAGGAGCAUCUCAAAGAAAAGGCACGAAAAGGAAAUCUAUGAGUUACUAUUCUCUUUUGAUGGGCCUCUUCCCAGGUAUAUUUGAGCAUAUCCCCAGGCCCCAGACCCCACUGGUCCGUCUGGAUUCCUAUGGCUCUAGUCUCCUAUCUCUGAAUGGACUUCCAGGUAGCCUUCAGGAGUCUAUAGCAUAGCCAAUCAGCAUGUUGCAUUCUAUUUCUUCAGAUCUUGGCCACUUCUAACAGAGAGUGGAUAGAGGGGAGAGGAUUAACUACAAAUCCUAGGAUUCAUUCUGCUGAGGAAAGAAUUGAAGAGCUGACAGAUAAAGAUGACAGUGGUAUCUGUCAUUAUAAAUGGCGGGAAUUUAAAAAAAAAAUUCCAAGGGAAAGGAAGUGUGUGAAAAUUCAGGCCAUGCUGAGGGAAGGGCUAAUUUAUAUCCUUAUUUUCUCAUAAUCCAACUGUUCUUAAAGAAGGUGAUCUUAAAACAGUGCACACAAAAAGAAAGUGGGGUACAUGGAUGGAAGUAACAUUCUUCAGGUCCGGGGGGGGGGAGGGUAGGGGUUGGGGAGGCAUGCAGAAGAGCUUAGAUGAUAUGGGAAAUGGUCCUAAGAAAUUUAGAUGAUAUUUUCCCCAGGAAAUCUCCCAAGAAAACCCACUUUCUUCUCACCCGACCUACUUAUGGGGUAGGCUUAUUUUGAGACAAGCAAAGGAAAGAUGCCAAAAUGAAUCCUCACUUAGCUAAUAUCUUCCUGUUGGUCACCAGUGGAAUCCAAAUGGAAAAGGUAUAAGGUACAAAUGAGAUACCAUGAAAACUGCCCCAAGUUGGCCAUGUUUAUGAUGGCUUCAGGUUGGAACACAGCUACAUCUCAAUCUCAUGUUCUUUUAUCCCUACUGAUAUGAUUAUCAUGGAUGAGGUAUGGGUCUGUUAGCUUCUAGAAAGCCACAGCAGGUCCCUUUUAUAGGAACAAAAGAGGCUGCUUGCUUCAGGUGACUCUCAGUGUGGUUCUUAGCAAUCAAAGACCAGCCAGAUGUCACCUACUCCAUGGAACCAGUAGAUUCAGUGCUGUGGACUCUAAAACGUGAGCUCACUCUUCUACAUUCUUGAAAUAUCUGUGACUAUGGCCAGCACUACUUUACUAUCAAGUAAACAGAUCCAAAGGGAGAAUUCAUUUGCCCAUACAAGCAAACUUGUCCUGGCUUUCUGACCACAGAGACAAAAUUCUUCCAUCAUUGUAUCUGAGAUUUUCCCACAUGAUUACUCUUAGCAACAGAGACAAGAGCAAAACUAAUGACUCAGUAGAUAUUGGUAAAGCCCAGUGCAGACAAUGAUAAGCUUCAAAUUUCUCUAGAGCCUCGUGGUUUACAUUCAUGAUAUAUUCGGAUUCCAUUUUCUAAUUUAUUCUUAGUAGUUUAAAUAUGACUGUAUAAAUUCAUUUUUAAAUCUGUCCUUUAUCUCAUGUAUCUUUCUGAUCAAUCUUAGGGAAUAUCUCUGACCAAGGCAUAGUGCCUGACCAUGUUCCUUCCUCCUGAGGUUAAUUCUAAACUCACAUUCACACCAACUUACAUUCCCCUUGGAGCAUCUGUUGCUGUGGAGGUAUCCUGACUGUACUGCUCCUGAGGUUCAGCAAAGGUCUCGUCUUCUUAUGGAGGGUUCUGCAAGAUGCCCACUAACAGACUAGAAUAAUGAGAACUUACCUGCAUGGCAUGGUAAAGGUUGAGCCCACAAAACCCUAAAAACAAAGGGGAAGCCAGAUGCAGAUUUACUCAGAGGAUCCUUGAAUGCUGAACGAUGUCUGUUGUCUCUGUAGAGUUCCAUGGCUUCUGAUGUGGGAAAAUCUUAGGACACACUUCAUGAAUUUUAAAUACCCUUCCCUUCACAUAGCUCAAUACAAUCCCUGGAUCCUAUAGCAUUCAGCAUUCAAGACAGAUACCACUAGGAAGUACAAACUACUAUGGCAUGGUACGCCAUGGUAAGUAGGAUAAGAACUUGCUCAUUGGUUUGAACUCCAACUGCACCAUUUCUGGAAUAUAAAAUAUCAGGCUGAACAAGGCAUGGAAAAGGAAACAUACACACAUCUUUGGCCAGGUUUAAAGGGGUUAAUCUGGAAGGCUAGGACAGGAAAACAAGAAUUCAAUUGAAACCCAGCAUCUACUCAGAAACAAGGAUGCUUAUAGACUGUUGAGCUCAGUGAUAAAUUCCAUGGGGAAAAAAUAAAGAAGGCCAACCCUCCUUAACCUGUAGCUGGCCACCCCUGCUAUCAUAGCAGGUCAUCAGCACCAAGCUAAAGCAAGCUCAGUACUGUAAACGGUAGGUCUAGAUCCAAAGCUGAACAUGAACAGGAUGCUAAUCUUAUGCUACAAGGUCAAUGAGCCAAGAUCCCUAAGAAGGAGUUGACAACCCAAAGUAAAAGUCAAGUGAAAAGAUAAAACAGAAAUUGCAAUGUCCUCUAUAAGCCUUGAUUUGCCUUUCUUUCCAAUUGACCAAUCAAAGUGAGGCCCUCUGUAGUAUCUCACUAGUUCUUACUCAGAGACAAUAAAACAGAAGAGUAGAGUAAAUUCGGCCAUAGACAAAUGAGACUUAACCUGGUUUGCAUACGGUUGUGUACAGGUUUCUUAUGUGAGGUUGUCCCUAGAGACCUAUCAAAAAUUAUGAAAUGCAAAGGCUUCCUUUAACUGAAUGUGGGAUCACCUUUGAAAUCCUAUCCUUUUUGAACAACAAAGAGAGAGCAAGUGAGAGCAAGAGCGAGAGCUUGAGAGUGAGAGAGUGAGAGAGAGUGAGAGAGAGUGAGAGAGAGAGAGAGAGAGAGAGAGAGAGAGAGAGGGAGAGAGAGAGGGAGGGAGGGAGAGGUGGAAAAUAGAAAGUGGGGGAGAAAGAGAAUAGUUCUAAACCGAGUUUUCUCUGACACAUAAUUUAGAGUCAUGGAGCUGAUAUCCUGAGAAACACAGCACAAAUAUCUCUGACAUAUCUACAUACGAAUAAGCUCUUUCAAAUUCUUGGUAACCACAGAUAGACUUUUGCAUGACAGUGGCUAUAUAACUGUAUUGUGGAGACCAAGAACUAUCUCUUGCGUAUAUCCUGCCAACUUCUACAAGAGGUAGAAAAGCUAUCAAAGGGCCCACAUUCACCCCUAAAAUCCAUCCAUGAAUAUUAGUGUCCAACAGGUGGAGUCGGUACCCACAUUCCUACCCCGCCCCAGACCUGGCACUACUUUAUCUAGCACGAAUACACCUAAGAGCUUAGUGGUGGUGCACAGCAGCUGGUACAGAGGACGGGUAAGAAUUGGGAGGGGAGACAACCUUCUAGAAAGGACUUCAGAAAGUGAUUAAUCAUGGGGCUUCCUUUUGGAUUGGAGAGCCACGCUAGGUAGUAAAAUGCUAACCCCGGUUCUUUGUUGGACUGUUUAGAGAAUGAAGUGUAGGAGUCUUAGAAUAUUGAACAGCAAAGUGAUGGUAUUCAGGGUAUUUAAUGUAGAUUGUGAGUCUUCAGUGAGAACCAUUUCUAGGGCCUUUGUGAGCAGAAUUGUGUUAGUUCCCCCCGCCCCCAAUCAGUCUCCUAAAGGGACAGCAGAAUACUAGCAUCCAUAGUCUUCUUAAGACUGUGGGUGAUAAGACAAAGUCAAACAUAGUUUGCUACCCUGGUUACCCCUGUGAGCGGUGCUGAGGUGGAUGUGGAGACUGAGUACCUGUAAGAAAGAGCUGAGUGCUAGGGAGGAUCGCUGCCUGUUUGAGUAGCUUCCCAACAGAAGCCAGGCAUCCCCAUCUCCUGGCCUAGGGUGAAGAAACAGAGUAGCCAAGGUAGAUAGACUUCAGACCACUUUCACUUUCAGUGGGUGAGUCCUUGAAACUUGAAGGUCACAUUUGAACUGGGAACCUCCAAACUGCAAACUAAGUAGGUAGGUCAUGCUUGGUUUGGGAAGUGGAAGCCCUCUGUUUUUCUAAUCAAAUCAUCUCCUCCUGUCAAUCAAAAGGCAGCUCCAGCUGCAUCUCCUAGCCUUAUCCAGGAUGGUUAGCACCAGUCACAGGGAGCAGUUCCUUGGCCAUACAUCUGAUGCUUACUGCCAUCACUGAGAAGGGCAGCCAGCACCCAGACUCACUGGCCACCAGGGCCCUCAAUGACAGACAGAACCAAUAAACAUCGAGGCAGGAGUCAAAACAAGGCUUUGCUUCAUGCGUAUUGUCUCCAAAGGUUAAUUCAGCCAUCAUUCCCUAUUCAAGGCCUGUAGGAAAAGACUUCAAAAGCACAGGGAUUCUGUUGACACCUUAUCAUAAUCAUUCCCAGUACAUAUAUUUCAUCACCAACUGGUUCUUGGGCUGGCCCAGGUUAGCCUAGGCUAACUCAGAUUUGUAAUCAGGAUCAAAAAUUAUAUUCUCCCUUCUCUCUUCACUCUAUAUCCAAGUAGCCAAUUAAAGGUACAGUUGUAGCCUCUGUGGUUGCCUUGGCUACAGAUGACCAUACUGGUACACCUCUCCAGGACCUAUCAUGGCAUUCCCAGUCUACACUAGGGAAGCUUACAUUUUCAUUGUCCGGUGGCAUAUGAUAUCACAUGAGACCAAAGUCUCCACACUAUCUGAAAUCUCCACAAAUCCCAGUGGCCUGCACUUGUACAGUUUGGGUGUUUGAUAGAUAAAGCACGUAUGAGAAGAGAAAACAAAAUAAAUCAACUUCAGCAAAAAGAAAGCCAGCACUGUGCUGUCAAUGUCUUUCCCCCCUUUCCCUUUUUAUUUCCAGUUCUAGCUUCAAAAAGCAGAAGGUAAAUAAUGUCAGGUCAAUGAAUAUCAGAUAUAUUUUUUGACUGUACAUUAAAGUGACGUGUAAUCUUUUUACACCUGCAAGUCCAUCUUAUUUAUUCUUGUAAAUGUUCCCUGACAAUGUUUGUAAUAUGGCUGUGUUUAAAAAAAAAUCUAUACAAUAAAGCUGUGACCCUGAGA